UGAAUACCGUUCUGACAUUGUAGGCAAGUGGAGAAUGGUGGAAGCAAUGGUCCUUUAAAAUUGCUGUAAGAUUGGUUAAAGAACUUUUUAAAUCAUGGACAAACAAAAUAGACAAAGAUGUUUAUCUCUCACCACAAUGUCAACCUUGCUAUAUAUAGUAUCAUUUAUUAGGAUCAGAAACCUUGGCUCCUCUUCAGCAGUUUCAUGAUUUUCUCUUAACGUUUGCUGUAUUAAUCAUGUUUACAAAACUCAAAGCUUUUAAAAUAUGCACAAAUGGAUGCUCCUCACCCAGGAACAAAUUUCCCAGCUGCAUACAAUCCUCAGUAUCCUCCAGCAGCAUUCCAAGGACCUCCGGGACAGACUGCCUACCCUGGCUUCGGCUACCCUCACCCCCAGGCCGCCCACCCCGGCACGCAGGCAGGCUACCCUGGCCCCCAGGCUAACUAUUCAGUCUCACCGCCUGUCUAUUCAGGUGCUGGUCCAGUGGGCUUUCCUGUCCAACACCAGCCAAUGUAUAACCAGCCAGGUGGACCUGCAGGGGUGCCAUGGAUGCCAGCACCACCACCUCCACCAGGCUGUCCACCAGGGUUGGAAUAUUUAACUCAGAUAGAUCAGAUACUGGUUCAUCAGCAAGUUGAGCUUCUAGAAGUCUUAACGGGUUUUGAAACAAAUAACAAAUACGAAAUUAAGAACAGCCUUGGACAGAGGGUUUACUUUGCCGUGGAAGAUACUGAUUUCUGUACCCGAAAUUGCUGUGGGGCUGAUAGGCCUUUCACCAUGAGGAUUCUGGACCUUAUGGGCCGAGAGGUCAUGACUCUGGAGAGACCACUGAGGUGUACCAGCUGCUGUUGCCCCUGCUGCCUUCAGGAGAUAGAAAUCCAAGCCCCCCCUGGGGUGCCAGUGGGUUACGUUGUCCAGAACUGGCACCCUUGCUUGCCGAAGCUGACGAUUCAAAAUGAGAGGAAGGAGGAUGUGCUGAAAAUUGUUGGGCCAUGCCUUGUGUGUAGCUGCUGUGCAGAUAUUGAUUUUGAGAUUAAAUCUCUUGAUGAAGAAAAUAUAGUUGGCAAGAUUUCCAAGCAGUGGACUGGCUUUGUGAGAGAGGCAUUCACAGAUGCUGACAACUUUGGGAUCCAGUUCCCUGCCGACCUGGACGUGAAGAUGAAGGCCGUGAUGAUCGGCGCCUGUUUCCUCAUCGACUUCAUGUUUUUUGAAAGGAGUGGACAAAAAGAACAUCGAGCAGGAGUGUGGUAGUAGAUUAAUAAAUGUCUCAUAAAUUGUGAAAUCUGUAUAUUGAUUGGGACUAUGGACAAGUAAAAUUUUACUUACAUGUUUCCUUAUUGAAAUGACUUAUAAUGUGUCAAUUAUAUUGUGCAGCCUAGAGCUCCAGGUGUAUAAUUUUAAUUUUUAAAUUAU